AUGGGCCUCUUCAAGAGAAGCAACGUCCACACCGACGACAACAUAACCACCACCUCCCCUCCGUCCUCCAACCAAGACCCCGACAAAGUCGACAUCACAUACCAAGAAACAGCCUCCAUCGCGCCCUCCACCACCAAAUGGAAACUCAACAAAGCUGGCGACGGCGAUGCCGCCAUGGCCCUCUUCAACUCCCCCACCGACCUCCACGAACCCAUCGACCCCUCCGAAGAAAAGGCCCUAGUCCGCAAGAUCGACCUCAUGAUCCUCCCCUACCUGGCCGUCUGCUACGCCUUCUUCUACAUCGACAAAACAACCCUCUCCUACGCCGCCAUCUUCGGGAUCCGCGAGGAUCUUAACCUCGUCGGGACCGAGUAUAGUUGGUUGUCGAGUAUUUUCUACUUUGGGUUUCUCGCUUGGGCGUUACCUACCAAUUUACUCUUGCAACAACUUCCGGUGGGGAAGUAUCUGGGUAGUCAGAUCUUUAUGUGGGGCUUCUUCCUCAUGCUGCAGGCUGUUGCGAAGAAUUUCGCGACGCUGGCGGCGCUGAGGGCGUUGGCCGGUGCGGCGGAGGCGUGUGCGGAUCCGGCAUUUAUGUUGGUGACGGCGAUGUGGUAUACGAGACGGCAGCAGCCUAUCAGGAUGGGACUGUGGUACACGGCGAAUGGGGUGGGUAUUGCGUUGGGUGGGUUGUUGGGCUUUGGGAUUGGGAAUAUCAAGGGCAGCCUUCCGAGCUGGAAGUAUGAGUUCUUGAUCAUUGGGGCGCUUUGUUCGGUCUGGGGGAUUGUGAUGGUGGUGUUCCUGCCUGAUAGCCCUGUCACUGCGAAGGGUUUGACGCAUCGCGAGAAGAGGAUUGCGGUGGAACGACUACGAGAGGAUCAAACCGGCAUUGAGAACAAGAAUUUCAAGUGGUAUCAAGUCCGCGAAGCUUUCAUGGACUACAAACUCUACCUCUUCUUCAUCCUCGGCAUGGUCUGCAACGUGCCCAACGGCGGCAUCUCCAACUUCGGCACCAUCAUCAUCAAAGGCUUCGGUUUCAGCACGCUGGUCACAACGCUCAUGCAAAUCCCCUACGGCGCCAUCAUCGCCAUCUCAAUCCUAGCAUGCGUCUACUUAAACGACUACAUGGCCCGCCACGGCCGCCAGACGCGCUGCUGGUUCAUCCUAAUCUUCCUCCUCCCCAACAUCGCCGGUACCUUCGGCCUUCGAUUCCUCGCAGCCGACAACAUGGGCGGCCGCCUAACAUGCUACUACCUCACCGGCCCCUACAACGCAGCCUUCUGCAUGAUCCUCUCCAUGACGACCGCCAACACCGCCGGCCACACUAAGAAAGUCAUCACCAACGGCGUCCUCUUCUUGGGCUACUGUACCGGCAACAUUGUUGGUCCGUUCUUCUACCUUGAGGUGCAGCGGCCGGAGUAUCCGUUGGGGAUUUGGAGUAUGAUUGUUAGUCAUUUGAUUGAGUUUUGUGUUAUUUUGCUGCUGAGGUUCGCGCUGGAUUGGGAGAAUAAGAAGAGGGAUAGGAUCCAGAGUCAGCAGGAGGGAGGGCUGGAGGGGAGAGAUCUGGAUGCUACGGCGUUUAGUGAUAUGACGGAUCGGGAUAAUAUGAAUUUUAGGUAUAUCUACUAG